UAAUAGGAAUACUUCAUGGUGCAAAUAGAUUACAAGUUUUAACUGGAGAUCACCCCUUCGGAUAUAUCACUCGGAUUAAUCGUAAUAACGUUCAAGAAGUUUCUGGCAGGUUAACAAAUUCAAAGCCUCUUGCACUGGUGUUGAAAGAGAUCUUAUAUGCACGAUCUGUUAUUAUUGCUACAAUGGAUGCUGUUGAAAAGAAGAAUGAUUUAAAUUUAAAAAACUUUCUUGACGAUGACAAUGAUGAUGAAUAUCACAAACCACUCACCAAUACUGUAACAAAUACAUUUAUAACACCAGUUAAAUCAAGCACAAAAGAUAUGACUAAAAAUAGUAUCAGAAUAUGA